UAAAAAUGUCUACGGUUGACGCCUUGACGCUAUGAAUUUUUACUAGGUACCUACCUACAAUUAACUCAGUAAACUCCAAGUUGAUUAAAAUCGAGUGAUCAAAUCAAUUUUUUUUAAAUAAUUAGUUAUAUAUAUCUUCUCUACAAAUGAUUUACGUAAGAAUCCGUUUAAGACACGUUAAUUGUGAUCUGACCAACUGUAUUGCUAAUUAUGCGUCUUUUAUCAUUUUGCAUGUGCAUGAAACAAAUGUCAGAAUAGAAUAAACGUCGAUUUCAAGCUGUUUUGACAAUGUAAUGCAGAAUGUGUGUUUAUUUUAUUGAAUUGUAAGUCGGAACUUGUAAAGUGAGAUCGAUAAUAAAUGGACUUGUAAUGAUACGAACAUAAGUGUUGUGUCGGUUUGUUAAUUUUUGACAGCCGGCAGGCUUGUCGUAGAUAACUUACGAUUGGUUCCUUAUAAAAAUGAACAGUCGCAGUAGUGUAAAUGAAACGAAUUUGGUGAAUUUCUGCGGAACGGCAGCGGAACUUUCGACAUUAAAUCAGUUGGAUGCUAAGGACGGUUUACUCAGUUUUCCAUUCGAUCAUAUUUACGCCUGCCAUUCGGAAAGUGCGGACAGAAGACAGACCCUGCAGCUAGAUAAGGAAGUUGAGAUCUCUACGCAUUGCGUUGUCACUGAAGAAAAGGAUUUGCUGUCUACCAGCUUAGAAGUGAGCCGGCUUUCUGAGAAGUUGACAGCCUCUGAAAAUCAGAACAAGAAAUUGAAGGACCUUCUGAUAUAUCAUCUAGAUUUGAUACAGCAGCAAAACGAUAUCAUUACUAAGAGGGAAAAGUCUUACCAGGCACUAAAACAGGAGAAUGAUACACUUAGAACAAAGCUGGCCCGAAGAAUAGCUCUUGGCAGACAAGGAGUGCCCAACCCGAGCUCAUUGCUGCAUCCUCCGGCUCCAUCUAAUGUUACAUCAACUGUGGUGAAAACUGAACCCACUUCUAGCUCCCAGGUUAUGCUAAAUAGUUUUCCUGACUUGCUGUUGCCAGAGACGAACAGACCAAAUUCAUUUAUAUUUGAUGAAGAUGUCAAGAAAACAUUUACUCCAGAUUACAGUUUGCCUAGAACUUCAACACAAGAAUCAGAUGUAACAAAUUUUAUGCCACAUGAACUAGGUGUUUCCUCCAUUUUGGAUAAUAAUAUAAAGAAUUACGCAAUGAUUGAAAGCAAGCGUUCGUUUGUCAAAAAAGAAAUGAAGACUGAAAAUCGCUCUGAACCUUUGUACACUGUGACAUCUAACAGUGGCAACACUGUUAUCCAAAGAAUACAAAGGAACAGAAGGAGGAUCUCUUCUGGAAUAGGAUGUUUAAGUAGGAUGUCUAAAAGCCCAGGGGCAAAGCUCGAGACGCCCGAAAGUAGUAAAAUGCUAGAGGAUGAUAAAAAUUUCGAGCGUAAUUUCAGUGUCAAUAAGAAGUCAAAAAUGAUUAAUACUUAUGGUAAAUCCAAAGCGGUGAAUCUAAAAAGGACGAGCCAGUUAACGGGGUCCCUGUCGGACAGACUUCAGCUGAUCGACACCACGCCCACCGGCGAGGACCCCUACCAGCUGGGAGAAGCGGAUAUGCGCGAGCAGUCGCCCAUCCCAAAGCUCAUGCUCCAGAAGACCAAUCAUGGCCGGAUGAAGGUCUGCACCGACACCAUGGGCGAAAGCACCACCUCCAGGCGCAUCUAUGACAAUCCUGAUGGUCCCACCAAAAAAAUUAACAGGCUAAGUCUAAUGGAUUCGUACAUGCAUAAAGACAUCAAGAAAGAAGCCAAGACGAUGAUAGUCGAGGAACCCGACUUAGAUAUAGUCAAAACUGAACCUGAAAUAGAUUGGCGUAUGUACAACCCUAACAAGCCAGGAUGUGAGACGAGUCUUUGUGACUUUUCAUAUGGAGAGAACUCUGACAACCUGCCGUCCCAAAUCAUGCCGACGCUUGAGGGGGUGGGCUUGCCGGACCUUUUCGGAGAAUCCUCCCUGCCGUUAGAUAGUUUGAAUACUGUCGAAUAUUCCGGGACUGAAAAGAGUGCCACAGAGAAAUCGAAAAAAAGGGGAGCGAGGACUACAAGCUUAGUAGCCGCAAAUGUACCCAGUGAGGAAACCCCAGAAACAAAAGCGCGCGGUGGAGACAGCAAACGUGGCAGAAAACGGGCUCUGUCUACUACUGGUCUAGCUAAAGGGGUCAAACGAGAAAAUUGCCAAAAACCUCUUGCUGCCCCAAAACCAAAGUUAGUUAAGGGAAAAGCUGCCUUACGUGGUAAGAAGUCUCCACUGCCGGGCAUGGUGACUAACAAGCCGUAUCACACGCUUGUAGGAGAUCCGGAUCUAUCUUGGUACUUAGGUCUGGACCCUCACAUCAAGCCGGAGGACAUUGACCCGCCAUCUGACACCAAAGCUUCUACUGUAGAGGUGCCACGAUGGAGAGAAAAACCUUACACAAGCUGUUAUACGCUUGAAGGCACAGAAAACUUGGAUGAUAAGGUUUUUGAAAAACGACAUCAAAAAUUAGAAGCUGAAGAAAGGCGACAGUUGAGGUGGCACAUGCGACGGAUCCGGGAGCAAAGGCACAUCGAGAGGCUGCGGCAGCGGCAACGCGACUCUUGGUGCAACACGUCUCAGAGCAUGCCGUCGACGUUCACGGUGUGGCCGCAGCCGCAACGAGACGUGCGAUUUAUAGAGAUCACCGACACACUGCCCGUCAUGGCUUUUGGGGAGAUACUGCCGGCCAUACCUGACGCAGACUUCGUGCUGCCUUGGGUGCGAACUUCAAAAGCGCAGAAAAGGUCGAAACGAUCCAAAACCCUGCAUUAAAUGCGACAUUUGCAAGUGGUGUUAAUUAUAUGUGGUUACAUCCAGCUGAUUUUUUCACUGGUAUGAGACAGUACCUUUUGAAUGAACUCGUUUAUUUUAACUAAAUUGUCGGUGUUUGAUGUCACAACAGUUUAAAUUCGUAGAGAGUAGACCUGUUCGUCUUUAUGGUAGUAGUCAAGAGCUUGAUAGUUCAUCGCAAAGCGAAGCUCUCUAAAGGCCCGGUUCUUGUAAAUAUGCUUAUUAUUAAUGAAAUUGAGGAAUGGACUGAAUAUUGUAAAUAUCUGAUGUUUGUGAUAUGAUGAGAUGAGAAUCGUUAUCUUUUCCAUUUUAUGUUAUACUUAAAUUAAUGUUUGGCUGAAAUGAGAUCACAGAAGCAGAGUGUCUAAGUUCUUGACUUGACAUUGUUUGUAAAAUUUCCAACAUGACGUCAUGCUAUUGAUUUCAUUAGUAUCUUGAGAUUUUUCUUUAAGUAAGUUUCUACAAAAUGUGUUUAACGGAUUUUUCGUUAAGGACAACUUUUGGCUGUUAUGAAAACACUACUAUUUAAUGUUGAUUACUUUCUGUUUUUGUUUGUCAAUAUGGACUCUUAUUUGAAUUCUGUAGGAGUAAUUAUGAGUCAAAGUAGAAAGUCGGAAAAAAUAAACUCGUCGGAACUACAGCGAGGGUAGUCAGUAACAAAUUUGAAAACCACACUAAUAGUGAGUUAGUAGUCGAUUUUUGGAUUCAGUAGUUAGUUCAGCCAGUUAGCUCGUAUGAUGUGCUCUAUACAAAAUCUUAAAAUGUGAAACGUACAUGAAGUUGCAUGCUAGUGUUAUAGACGUUUACCUAUGAGCAUAUUUUUAAAUAAUUUAAACAUUUUACUGAAUCGGAUUAAGAGUUCUAGAACGAGCUUAUCUUUUCUCUUAAAUUAUCAACACGCUAGGCUAAUCAUCGUACCUACUAUCCGGAUGAAAUUAUCACGACUUAUCUUGCGCACAUGAAAUAAUUUAAAGAUAAUGAUGAUAAGGAACCUGGCUCUGAUGGUGGUCUAGACUUUCGGUACAAAGUUCCUUAGUCAACAACGAUAUUGAUCAUGCUUCUAUUAUUUUAACACUCAGUCGUUAAUCAAAUAUUCCGUUUCAUCAUGUAAAACGUAGGAUUGCACUCGUUUUGAGGGUUCAGUAGCCAUAGUCAAAAUAGAUUCCUCCUAAUAACUCUAAUUGUUUCAUAAUGCCCUAUCAAAAACGAAUAAUUUAUUGAGAUAUGAGAUAAUUUAGAUAUUAACAGAUUCAGAUUUUUUUUAAAUAAAAUUUUUACUUAUUAUUUAAUGCCAUGAAACCCUUAACACUUGAGGUUGAUUUUCAUUUGGCCUAUUUUUAGUAAACCGAAAUUCAAUGCAAUAAUACUAAUUUAAUAUUGUUCUAAUAUUUUUCUUUACUGCUAAAUAUAGUCAAUGAUUCAUAUACGAGGUCCGCGCGAAUGAAGUACAAAAUUCUCGUCAUAUUAGACAUUUAAUGAAUUUAAACUUUGCUACUACAGUAUGUAAAAUACCAGUAGCUAAUAUGAAUAUUAUGAAUAAGCAGAAUGAAAAUAACCAGAUAUUGAUAUAGUAAUGAAUUCUCCAUAGUUUUUAAGGCUCAAAUUUUUAAAGCCUUUUUGCCUAAUUUACAUGUUGAACGAAAUUCAAUUCUUAAAACUUUUGAUGUUUACAAAGGAAUUUGCCUGCACCGCAUUCCUUCUGUUAUUAAGUUGUCUUGCCUUGCUAGUAAAUCAUGGUUUUUAUUAUCUGGGGGGCUUGAAACGCGUCUAUGUACUUAUGUUAUGGAUUUAUUGAGGACACAAAAUGUCUUUGAAAUUUAACUUACUUUUUUUAUUUUCACAUUCAUAUGUUACAUACAAUAUUUAUUAUAAACAAAUUUAUUUAUACAACGUGUGCUGUUGAACUGUAAAUAUUACUUUGUCUUAUAAAACCUUUGCGAGCCAAAAAUAUUAUUAUAGUAGAAUUCAUGAUGUAAAUACUUCUUAAAUUGUUUAAAAUUAAUGAAGGAACAUAUUUGAAUUUAUUUUGUAAAUAUAAGACGUCACUCAAAUGAAAUUGUUUUACAUGUACUUACCGAGAAACUACGGGUAACCGGGUAAAAAAAAAUCGGGUUAGCCAAUAUGUCUACAUUGGCAAAUGAAAUCAUGAUUCAUCUAUCACCUAUGUUUUUGAAUAUGAGAUUGCAUGACCAAACCGAAUCUAUUUACAUUUAAGGCAGCAGCCUUAAAUGUAAAUAGAUUCGGUUUGGUUAUUAUAAUUUUUUAUAAAGAGAACAAAACGUUAAUGUAUUCAUUAGGUUUUGUGGAUGGUUCCGCAUACUAUGCAUUUUUCAUAAACAAAGACAAUAAAAGUUGUCUCUUAUCAUCCGAUAUGUAGAAUGUCGACGAGGCAUUCAGUAUUGUUUCGAAAUCACUGGUGUACUUAAAGUGAUAUUGAACUUUUAACGUUUUGAAAUUCUUGGCUAAUUGUCCGGCGUUUUUUUAAAUAUAUUUAUAUAUAGUUUCAAGACUGAAUUUAUUCUUUGUAUCGUAUUGUCAUCGUAGUGUCAUAGAUGAAGUCGAUUUCUUCAGUAGAUCAUUUCCUCGUUGAGAGUCCCUUGUCUAAAUAUAAUAGUAUAGUAAUCUGAUGGAAUUGCAUGACAAUGUUUAACAAUACGUUUCCGCAUGUAUUCGGUUAUUAAUCGUCUAAUAGAUAGCAAAAUAGCUCGAAUAAGUCAUAGUUGUGUGUCUGUAUACCCCACAACCUUAAAGUUAUAAUUACAAUAAUUCUCUCGAUCGAUCGAUGUUCUUAAAAAUAUAUAAUUAAACAAAGUAAUUGUAGGAUCUAUCUAUAUGUAUAGUAAAGUAGGAUUAUUAUCUUACAUUAAGUAUUACUUGUACAUAAUUGUUUUUUUCUUAAGAUAAAUUUCCAAAAAUGUUUUGUAAAAAAUAGUGCUUGAAAUUAACUUUUAGGUAACAUAAAAUGGUCUAAAUAGGAGUUUAAUACUUUGUCUUUUUUGAUUUAUAAAUGGCUAAAUAUCGAGAUCUCAUUAAUUGUUAAUAUUGGGUUUAAAAAAAUCAUAAAAUUUCAAGAAUUUUAAUAUCAUGGUUGAACUUUUGUUUAAUUAUCAAUAAAAUAUGGUGUGAAAAAUUUAUACCAGUGUGUAAAAGUAGUUUGUUCCGUCCUGCUUCGCACUUUUAUUUUUGUAAUGAUAACGGACAGUGGCGUGUUACAUCGUUUUUACCCGAUGAUUGCAUAUCAUAUAGAACAUGUAGACAAAAGUAAUAUAAUAUCAGCACACGGUUCUUUUUUGUUAUACUACUCGCGUUCUUCGCGAUUGUAACUUCAGAUCAGGAAUCAUGUUUGUUGUAAUAUACAUUUUUUUUAUAAUCUUAAAAUGUUGUUGUAAAUUAACUUAGAAUAGGUAUAAUGUGGCAUUUAUUAAAAAAUCUCAAAAAGAUAUGUUUCACUGUACAAGUUAGUAGUGUGUACGACCACUAUUGAAUUAAGUAGUUUGAAUAUUUAUCUUCCCCUAAUAAUAAGGACUUACUUCGGUUUAAUUACGAAUUCAUGUGAUACUUCAAACUAAGUUGUAUAAGUACAUGGAAAUAAAGGACUUUCGACUUUAGAAAA